AGUUGCCUGCGAGCGCGGCCAGGGGUGCGACGCGGCGGAGACUCCGGGGCCGGCUGCCGGCCGCUGAGGGGGGCGCGGCGGGCACCCCCGGGCGAAGACCGGGCGAGGGGAAGAGGUAUUAAGAUUUUCUCUGUCCAUUCUGAGAGAUGGCACAAUUGUUUCGUUAUUUCCAGGGAGAUCCUGUUAUGACAUCCUCUCCCACUGAAGUUCGUAUGUGGGUAGAAGAUUUGGAUUAUAGUUUUCUUUCAUAUGGAGAAAUUUUUGAAAGUGCAGAAAUCAACGGAGAAAGGUUAUUAAACAUCACCAGGAAGCAACUUAUUGAUCUCGGGAUAGUCCGCACUGACCAUCAGGAUAUACUCCUACAAGCAGUUGCUCGUAUUCGUAAAAAGGGUAAAGCUGAAGAGCAAGCUAUGCGCAGAGAAGACCAGAAUAUCAAAAAGAUGCCUACCAGAUUUGGAAAAGAAAGUGAACAACUUGAGCAUGCUAUUGAUCGUGUUCUUUUCACAAUUUCGGAAAGAAGAUUGGCACGUAGUCUACAUGGCACUAUUGAACAUCCACCUCAUAGCAUUCUUACAGCUACUCUUGACCUGGUUAAUAUUGCCAGCACGAUAUUAAACAUUCUGGAAAGGCCACCAUUUGAUUGCAUGUCAGAAUUUUCCAGUCUGAAAAAUCAUCUCAUUAACCAUAUCACAUUACUGAAACAUUUCUCUGAACAGUCUGAUCUUACCCAUGAAAAUGAAUCUGAUAUAAUAGACAUGUGCAAGGGUGUGACUAAGAUGUGUCACUACAUAAUUUCUCUGCCACCUGAUCUUCCUAAACCAGAAAGACAAAUUCCAAGACCUGCUCAUCGUGAAGAUAGAUCACCUAGGGUGCAAGUGCCAAUUACAACUGAACCUGAAAGAGUGAGUUCUUCAGUGAAACGCAAAGCUGAUAAUACACCAUCCAUUCAACAUCUAUCAAUGCCAAUGACUACAUCUGCUUUAUCAUAUGGACCUCCUGUACAAUAUACAUCUGUUCAGAAUCAAAGACUAUCUGAGAGUUAUUCAUCUUCACCAAGAGUUGAAUUUCCAAGUGAUGAAGGAGCAUUUACACUGGAAUGUGACAAAGGAUACAAAUCUGAAACAGAAAUUCAGUAUACAGAUGCGUUUGAAACUUUAGGAGGUUCUUUUUAUUAUAAAACUCUCCAAGACCUAACACUAAUUGAAAGUGAUACACCUCUUAUGGACUCUGGUUCUGAAAAGUGUGUGAUUGAUUCGGACUCUGAUAGAGGUGUUGUCUCGGAUUUUGAGUUAGAAGAACAAUCUAAAGACUCUGGAUCAGUAACAUUGGGACUGGACUCUGACUCAGAAAAGUCUCCAAGGGAUUCAGACUCUAGAAAACACUUGUUUAAAGCAGAACCUUAUCAGCUAGAUUCAGUCUCUGUUGAAGACUUGACCAAGACUGGGAAACACCUGCUGAGAAUUGAACAGUACCAGAUGGAAUCUGGAGCUCUGAAACAUUGGAUGACCUCAGGUUCAGAAAAGUCCCUGGAAGAUUCUAACUCUCAAAGACUCUCUGACUCUGACAAUGAAAGACAGAAAGAAGAAAACUUCCAAAUGGCUUCAGCUUCUGUACAAAGUCUGAUGGAAUCUGAAAAAACAAAGAUGGAGAGUGAAAGUUUGUGGAUGAUCUCUGAUUCUGAGAGUUAUUCAGUGGACUCACACACAGAAAAAGGUAGAGCAUCAGUAUCUAAAAUAAAUCUGAUACAAAUUGAUGAAACAGAAAAACCAAGAACUAAGAGAUACUUGAUGGAGUCUGAUUCUGAACCAAGUAAUACAGACUCAGAUUCAGAAGGAUGUGAGCUAGCCUCAGCAGCUGUGAAAUACUUCAUAGCUACAAAGACAUUUCAGCAGAGCAGUGCUAGCAGCCAGUUCCCAAAGGAUUCAUGGUCUGCAAGUAGAACAAUAAACUCAGACUCUGAAAGCCCUGUGAUGUCCUCUGAUUCUAUGAAAUACAUGAAGAAAGCUGAAACAUGCAAGAGUACCUGUAAUUUGGAAAGACUCAAGGCGGCUCACAAGUCUGAGUCUCUACAGGACUGGUUAGAUGCUAAAAGAAAACAAUUAGAUUCUGAUAAUGCUGGAUACUGGGAUAGCUCUGGAAAAUAUCAGUUUAGUUCUAUAGUACCUCAAGAGAGCGUUGGAAAACGUCAGGGUGACCUUCAAACGUUUCAGCAUAGCACUGAAAAAAAGGAAGUAGGAUCCAGUUCUGAUAAACAUCAGGCACAAUUUGGAAAUGAAAGAGAUCAAAGUGAUCCUAAAAGUAAAAGAUACCUCAUAAAGACAGAGACGGGAUUAGACAAUGAGGGGUUUCAAAUGGAUGAGGAAAGAGAAGGAUGUCUUGUGGAAUCUGACUUUCGUGAUUCAGAACGUGAGGCACACCUGCUAGAAGCCCACCGGCUUGGUGCUCGUAAAAAGGAGAAUCGUCCUCCAGGGUUUUGGAGACCCAUUAUCCUGCCUCCUAAGCUUGCCCAGGAUAAGAAAACUGAAGAACAAAAGUCUGUACAGCAAAAGGAUAACAGAGUUUCUAGAAUUCAGCUAACAAGAUACAAGAGUGAAGACAAAAAUGUGAGAUUCGAAGAGGCAUCUUCAAGUCUCAGUGACAAGCCACUCUCGCAAGAAAAGUUAAAGAAAAAGCACAGCUAUAGCUUUUCUCCAGACUCUCCCACAUUCACAGAUGAAAAGCAUCACAGAAAAGCUAGCCUGAAAAUAUCUGGCUAUAAGCGCCAGUGCAAGGAAUAUAGAUAUCCCCAUAGUUGUGAAAGUUUGAAGUAUCAAAUCAGUCCCAUUCCCCUAAGUUCUGAGACUUGCACCUCUAAUGUAUCAUCAUUUGUUGACAGCCCAACUUCUAAAAGUCCUAAGUCUGUCACAAGAAAGAAGUCUCGAAGAAGUAUUACAUAUUCUCCAGAACAGGGAAGUCAAAAAUGUACUAGAUGUUUUAUGGAAAUCAGUAACUCAUCUUAUCAUAAAUGCCUCAUAAAUUCUGAUGAUUCUGACUCAGACUCUCCAUUACAUGGCCAGAUUUCCUCACAUUCUAAAUAUUCUCUGCGCUCUAAAACUAUCAGACACUUCAAGACUUCUCGAAAUCGCCCUUUAUCUCAAUCCCUGGAUCCUCAGCAUUCUGUGGUCAGCCGCUGUUCUCUGCACAGGGAAGAUUCUAAACAUUCUAUAGAUUCCACCUCUUAUUUACAUUGUGAAAGUUGUGCAUCUCUUCAAAACCUUAAGGGCUCUUCUGUUACACACACCAUUUCUAAGACCACUAAGAAAAUCAUGGGCCAACAUAGUACCCAUGGCCACAUAUCAGGACCUGUAAGAUUGUCUCAAAGUGAAAGCAAGUUCAACCUUACUGCUCAACCUCAAAAUGAGGAUACUCCUGAUGUCAGUGAUAGAAAUAUCAAAGCUGAGGCUAAUGUUGAAGAUAAACUUCUUUACAAAGAUGAUACAGACCAUGAAGAUGAGACAAAUACUGAAGAUGAAACGGAUGGUGAAGAUGAAACAGACACUGAAGAUGAAGAUGAAGAUGAUACCAAAGAUAAAAAAGAUCCUAAAGACAAAUCUGACCCUGAUGGCAGUGAUCCCAAAGAUGGCAACUCUGAAAAUAAUACUGAUAGCAACAAUGGGUCUCAACCUAGUGGUUCUUCUGGACCUACAGGUGGACCUGAUUCCAGCAAUGAUGGUGACUCUAAAAAUGUAACUGAUCACAAGAGUGAAUCUGACCCUACCAUUGAUAACGCUACCAACAGUGAUGUUAACUUGAAAUAUAGCACUGAUGAGACAUGUACCAACAAUUUAGACAAUGCUUCAGAUCUGGCAGAAUAUUUCAAUCAUCACAAUAAUGCUGACUUCAAGGGUCGCACAAACCCAGCCUCUGGAAACAAAACUAGAACCAUACUGGACUAUAUUUCUGGUUCCAACAAUGAGGACACUGGCCCUAGAAAUACGAUGAUAAAAGAAAAAAUUGCUUAUUCUGAGAAUAUUAGAUUGCUUUCCAACAGUUAUCAAAAUAAUGUCAUUAAAAAUGGGAGUGAACCAAGCAGCAACCCAAGCCCCCAAAACAGCUAUGGGCUCCCAAAAGACCUUGACUCUAACUCUAAUAUCAAUCCCAGUAAUGCUACUAACAAUACUGUUAACCCUAACUAUGGUGCAAAAUCCACGAGCACUGCUAUUUACAAAAAGACAGCUGCCCUAAACUAUUAUUCAGAUAUUAAUGAUGUCACAGGGUUUACAUAUGAAGUAAGGUCAAGUUUUGUAGUCAACUCAAACUAUUUUGACAGAAAGAAAUAUGCUGGUAGACUCAGCUUUGCACUUCACACUAUCAAUGCCAUUGAUACAAAUAAUGUUAUCACCUGUACUAGUGCUGUUAGGUCUAAGUUUGCUUCUGAAAAAACCUCUGUCCUAGACACUAAACAUUCCCCUAGAUUUAGUCGUUUCAGGAGUUUCAAUGUUAUCAUCAGCCCAAAUUAUAAUACUAAAAAUAGUCAGAAUGCUAAUAAAUCCAGUAUCAGCAAUAUUUACAACCUACCUGCCACUGAAUUAGAAAUAAAUAUAUUAUCUGUUCUUAAAAUCAUUUAUGGAAAUACCCCAAAUUUUAUUGCUGGAACAAACUAUCCUGAUUUUUUGAUAACCUCGGAAUUUUAUGAACCACUUAAGCUUUGUAGAGCUUAUAAAAUUUUUGAUAACCAAAAUAUUGAUGCUCCAUUCCAAGACUCUGCUGGAUACAUGGACUCUCAUAAUUCUACAUAUGCCACUGGGUCCAUGGUUGCCCUUGAUGCCAAAGAAUCUGGCUUUUUAAAAUAUUUUCCUAGGAUCCAGAAUACAAUUGGCAUCAAGGAUCCUUCUUGCCCUUUCAAGGUGUUUUCAAAUCAAAAUAUUCUAGUCCCUAGUUUCGAUGUUAUAGUGGAAGCUGAACUGCCAGAUAUUAUGAAGUUUACUAUAUCAUCAGGUGCUGUGAAUCAAUUAUUUCAGUUGUCUGAUAACUAUGGUGGUGGCUCAAGAGCUGAGGGGGGAUCUUUGGCAGUACCUAUGAAAGAAAUUACUAGAAGAUCUUCUGAAGUACCUGUUUGGAGAUCAGCAGAAGCACCUACUUGGGGACCUGAAGGAGGAAGACCUGCCAGGUUUGAAAGAGGCUAUGCUGCAAAUCCUGCUAAAGAUUUUGCUGUGAGGCCUGAACAAGGACUCACAGUGAUUCCUGCAAGGGGCCGUUCUUUAAGCCCUGCAAGAGGCUACACUGACAGAUAUGGUAGAGAACGUGCUGUGAGUCUUGCAAGAGGAUACACUGAGAGACAAGCAAGUCCAAGAACCCUGAGUCCUUUUAGUACACAUGCUGUGAGUUCUGCACAGAAAAUCACUCUGCAAGCAGCACGAAGACCUCCCAUGAGACAUGAAGAAGAAUUUCUUGUGGGAGCUGCAAUGGGACUUACUGUAAAACCAGCAGAAGGAUAUGACAAUGAAACUUCUCAAUCUGCCAGACUGUAUACCCAGAAUAUUUAUGAUGAUGAUAAUGAUGAUGAAGAUGACGAUGAUGAUGUUGAUGAAAAUGAAUCCUCACUCAUAAUGAAUUUUAUAAAUUGUUUCAUGAAGGCAAAAGCCCAAAACUGGAUUGACUGUUCCUGGUUUAGAAGGCUCUUGCCCACAUUUUUCUCUGAGGAAGACCGUCAUUCUUGGCCUAAAAAUCGAUUUUGUGCAAUUGCCUGUACAGAACUGGGCCAUGGAAAAUGCGAGGGAUGGCUCUGGCAUAAAAGACCAUCUAGAGGAAUCUCUCUCUUUAGUUGGAAAAAAUACUGGUUUAUUUUGAAACACUCAACUCUCUACUGGUUCUCACAUCUGAAUGACACCAAGGCUGAUGGUUUCAUAUACCUACCAGAAUUCCGAAUUGACUUAGCUCCACAUUGCAGAAGAGACCAUGCUUUCCAAGCCACCCAUGCAAGAAUCAAGGAUUUCUACUUUGCUGGCACAUGCUUGGAUGAAAUGAAUUAUUGGGUUUGUCAGACGAUAAAGUUGGCAUUUGGAUCAUCCUUUGGAGAUACAGCUGCUAAUGCUGAAUACAGACUUGCAAGUACUUCGGUUUAUGCAAAAUGUCUUGUGGCCUUGAAAAGAAAUUUCCCUGUGAUUUGGUGUGACUACUGCCAAGAAGCAACAACCAUUGUUUCUGUGAAUCCAAACUUCCAGUACAGACGCACUCAAAAUAUUUCUGAUGAGUUCAUUUAUUUCCGUCCUAUUAAUGCGGAAAAUCGGGAAAGGGACAGAAAACAAAAACAACAGAAUCUAACUUUGGUCACCCAGCAACCCACCCCUGAAGGUAUCCAUCAGAGGGACCUGGGGCUUAUGAAUCAGGUGGUGAUAGCUACCACCCCACCACUAACUAAGGAGUUAGAAAGCACUGCCCUUGUAAAACCAAAAACUUCAGGGCUUCUUCGCAUAGAGAAAAUACCAAUUAAGUAUCUAUGGGUCCCAGAAUUUCAACGCUUAGAAGUUACAGGAAUUGCCAGUCCAGAGGAAAGGGGUAAAGGCACCGCAAUACUUGUUGCUGGUGUUCCUGGAAAGGAGGAGUUAGAUGAUACAGAAAUUCCAACUUUGCACUUCACUGGGUUUGUACACCUGGAGGCUUUAAUAAAUAAAUGUUCACCAUCCUCAGAAUACAGUCGCCCAGGAACCCCAGGAAAUCUGUGGAUGGAAUCUCCAGAAAAUGCAGAGUCCCCAGGAAGUGAUGAUAUGGAAGUAGCGAGAAGCAUGUAUCCUUUUAGAGAAAGAUCCAUCUUUCGGCGUUCCUGGGCAGAGCUCUUAGAGGCACCACUAAACAGUGAGGGGCUCCAUAUUAUCCAAACAGAACAUAUUCACAAUGAAGAAAAUAGAGAUAUGGGUUGCAACAAACUAACAUUACAGGAAGAGAAUCAAGUAAUCCCCCUUCCCAAGGAUCAACAUUUCCAGGCUUUGCAAGGCCCUUUCCCCUUGUUGCCAGAGCGCCCUAAGCUCCAAAGGCAACGUAGUAGAAGCUUGCCAAGAAACAGUGAAGUCGGAGGCCAAUAUUUAAAUACACCUGAAUUCAAAGGAAGUGCAGAAGAAACGCCCUUCUUCCCACGUGAUCAUAAUUUACUAACAGAAGAAAAUAUCAAGGAAAGACACAGCAUGGAGGGAGCCUGGCAAAGAGUAAUUCCAUCUCAUUCUGGAGAACAUUUUCCCAUUAUGCCAAGAUUUGACAAUUCUUCAAUUCAAGGAAACUUUGGAAUUCCUGAGGAUAAUUCUGCACGUCCCAGAGGCAAUAUGAGAAUUCAGAGCAAUGUCAAUACUAUCCCCAUGGUUAAUGUUGGAAUUCCCAUAGAUAAUCCUCAAGUUCUUAAAGGCAAUACUGGAGUUCCCAGGGGCAGUGGUUUUGGAGUUUACAUGGGCAAUAGUGGUAGACCUUCUGGACAUGUGGUAUCUUCUCCACUUAUUGAGCUCUCAAAGAUAGGUGAACACCAGUUGUAAAAACUGACACUACAAAGCUAUCCUGAUAGCUGAAGAAACAAACAAAGACACUUAACAUCAAAACAGACAUGUACAAACUUGACAACUCAAUGCUAAAUGGGACAUCUACAUUCUGAAUACACAAAGAACAUAAUUACCAAAUCUGAGUUAAUCAUUUAUUAAACUGGAUAUAACUAAAUUGUACCUAUCUAGUUUAUUCUAUAUGUAAUACUCAAAUAUAUUCAGAGUAAUCUGUAGAAGUGUGUUGUAGAAGUGUACUUCUUCAUUGAGCAAAAUACUAAGUAAUUUUAAAAUGACAAUGUUUCCUGGUAAUUUCAGGUCUUCUUGGAUAUACUUUGAUAGACAAAUGAAAAUGAUCUCAGAAGUAUUGACAUUUAUUUUAAUGAGUCUAUCUUAAUGUCCAAGAUAUUUAUUGACUGAAAUCUAAGAAUCCAGGAGAUUUGCCAAAAGAUUCUUGAAUAUAGUACUUCUGUGAACUAUUUUUAAAAGACAUCUGGAAAAAAGUUCACUAACAAAAGUAUUUAAAUAUGCCUAUUUGUUUUCUGACAUAUACACAGCAAAAUUGUAAAUAUUUAUAGCAAGCCUUAAAAAUACAAGGAGACAACUAACUGUAGAACUGUAAAUAGCAUAUGUCGUUGUGAUGUUAAUAUAAGACAACAGUAACAGCACCACAUGAUGCCUAAAAUACUGCAUGCUAAAACAGUGGUUUUGGUAUGAAAUUUAAUUUUUUUACCUUUCCCAACCACUCUGUCAGUUUGCAUAAGAAGAUUCAAGAUAGAAGGUAAAAAUUAUUGAAAUUCUUUAUGAGAUGAAUAAAUAGGAUGUUCUCAGAAAAAUGAAGAAAGCAUUUCAUUGACCCAGAUGAUCAGCCCAGUAUUAAAAUUAGCCAAUGUGGUUUAUUUAUACAGUACGGCUUUGUGGAACAUUUAUUUCAUCAAUUUUGUGAGGUAGAUAAAAUAUUAGCAGAAGGUAAUGAGAUUAACUGAUAAAUUACUUGGGAAGGUAAUCUCAUUACAAACAAAACCCUGCUAUUGUAUUUAUAUUCAUACCUAAAAUAAACUUUGUGCUGUGUUUUAGGGCACAUGGGCCACUAUUCAAUUUGUAUAUUCAAAAUUUAAAUUUUCCUGAAUAAUGGUUGCUGUUGUUUUUAUAAUACCAAGGGCAAUUUAAAGAAUAGGUUACCACCUAACCCCUUAUUAUGUGCCUUAACACAUAGUGCAAGGGGUGGUAAUCUUGGGUCUGAAGGCAAAGUCUUGCCUUUUUAGAAGAUGUAUGUGGCCUCUGAGGAAGGCGGUGAAGAGGCUUACUAGCCUCCCUCCCUCCCUCCCUCCACUCCCCAUGGUUCAGCAUGUGCUUUAUGAACCAGGGCUUUGGCCUCAGAAAAUAAGGAAAGGUAGUGAGAGGUUUUCUCCUACUUCUUACCAACCCAGAAGAUGGGGUACCAUUUCAGUCCUGAGUCACCUGAGUUUUCCAUAGGGUGGCAAAACCACAGAAAUCACAGAAAGAAACAGGCAAGCAUACUUAAGUUACUGCCAAUACUUGACUGAGACUAAAAUAAAACCCAAGCUGACAGAUCACCGUGCUUAACGGACAGUCUACUCUAUAUGCUCUCUUGUCAUAUUGAUUUUAGAAAACAGAACUAUUGCAUUCUACGUUUCAAAGGAAACCACCUUGUGGGUGAAAAAACCUAACAAGUCACUAGAAGCUGAGAAAUAACUUAUCAAGAACUAAUGUUUAUCAAAAACAAGCAGAAAGAAAGACAGUAAACAAAAUUUGGUUCAAUUAUAUAUGACACUAAUAUAUAAUUGAAGAUAGUCACGAAAACACCAACUUCAUCGUCAACAAAACCCUGCUAUGUGAGUGUUAUUCCUCAUAAUCCAUAUAAUUUUGGAUGUUGUGUUUAGUGGCUUAAAAUUUAAAUAUAAAUCUAUGUGUACAGUGGCCAGCUGCUUCUCUCUCAAUUUUUAAGAAAUUAAAUGAAACUGUCUAGUAAAGAAUCAAAAAUGAAGAUGGUCUAAGAAGAUGAUUCUCAAUCCUGUAAAAGUUCUUUAGAGUGGUUUUAUUCUUCUAAAUAAUGUUAGUAUCUAUUGAACUCAGCAGUGCAAAUGUGCAAUAGCACAUCAUUAAUUUAUUUUCCAAGAUUUUCCCCUAACUUCUUAGGGUUCUCCAUGUCAAAUUAAUUCUCUAAGUCGCUCAAAAAUAUCAGAAUUCUACAAAAAAAGGAGUAAAGAUCAUAGGUUUUUUUCAAUAAGAAAACUUCAUAACAAAACUUAGUAUAACUUUCAAGAAGAUUCAUUAAUUACAUAUGAGAUUUCCAUCUAAUCAUUAUGAUUUAAGUAUGUUUUAGAAGUAAAAUUCCAAAAUAUAGCAAAGUGCUUUUAACAAAGUACAUGUGCCUUUUUCAGUAAAUAUUUCAAGAGCAGAGAGCCUUACAGAUGUGGAAGAUAAAUUUUUGUGGAAAAUGAAAGGAAAUCUAAGAAAACAAAAUUAAAAUAAAACUAUAGCUUUAAAUUAAAUAAAGUUCUGAAUUAUUAUUUAAGAGGAUUUUUGUUUCUUUUGAUUUUGAAACUAUUUCAUUAAUUAAUAAAAUGAACAAAUAACCCUAAAGUUUAUACUGUUCUCAGAUACACUAAUCUUCUAUAAGUAAGUGUUCCUCAACCCAGCCAACUCCACUACAUCCUUUACCUUACUUAUUCCAAAGCAACUUCUUCUCCAUAGCCUCCAUAUCUCAUCCAUACUUUACUUCUUUUCUCAUCUGAUUCCAGUGACACUCUCCGCGUGUUCACACCACCGUAUUCAUCAUCAUUUCUCUCAGCCUAUUCCCAAGAUUCAUUCCAACUCCUGCCAUACCCUUACUACCCCCUCUCUCAAAUCUUACCCCACAUAAACCGUUAAACUCCAAUCCAGCAGUAAUAAUAAAUUCUCCACACAUUUUAACCUUUGGGGAUCAUGAUAGAAUGAAUAUUAAGGUAAAGGUAAAGACCGUGAAGGGAACAGAAAUACCUAUUUGAUACCCUUUUUGAUUUAUAAAGAUAAAAAUCCAUAGUAUUAAAACAGCCAUGUAGGAUUGAUGAUGCAAAAAUGUAGGGACCAGAAUACCAUGUACUCCCCCAACCAUAAUUCUUUGAUAUUUAAAAUAAGAUGGCUUAUGCUAGACUUUCAAAGAUUAUGAAAGCAUAUACAGAAUGACUUUGAAAGCCUCCCAUUUUUCCUUUUAGUAUAUAUUAUAAAAACAUUCUAUUUUAGGCUCUUUGAGAAAGACAUAAGAUACCAACUUCAUCUAAAUUGUAAAAUAUGUUGAUGGAAAACAAUAAAAGAUGCACUUUGUGAAUUUACCUAGAGCAUAUUUUUGCUAUUAAAAUAAUAUUUUAAGAGUUUAUUUUUUAAAUGACUCACCUUUAGUAGAUUUCCAUUAUCUAAAACAACUAAUAUUCACCUACAAACCAACUUCUUUAUUCUUAUACAUAUAUUAGAGUAAGAUAAAAGAUCAUCUUCAAAUAAAAUUCUCUAUAAAAUGCAGUGACAUUUAACUUACAAUCCUAAAUUAUGAUAAAAGUACCAACAGUUAAUAUUUCCCAGAUGCUCAAUGUUUUUGAAGAUCAUCAUGAUGAUAUUAACUAAUUUUCAUAAUUUCUCCAUAAAUAAACCUAGUCAUUUAAAAAUGAAUAUACAUAUAUUUGAUGAUUCUAAAAUCAUAAAAUAAUAGAUUCUAAAAUUUCUUAAACCCUACAUUUCUGUACAACACAAUGCCAAUACAUACGCAGUGCAGAGUAGGAUUUUAAAACAAGAAAAUUUUCAUUAAGUAGUAUCAAUUUGGAAACACCCACUAUUUUAAAAAUUCAGUAAAAAAAUAAUGAAACCACCUCUACACAUUAUACAUCCCCAGUCGUCACACCCAUCAGACACUCCAACCAGUGUUUCAGUUGGUUCUUAGUCCAUUCAUUCUGUUUCAGGCUAGUAGCUCUUUAUUUCUCAUUUCUGACACCUAUCACCAGUGACUAGAGAACAAAUCUGUCUAAAAUCAGCAAAAGCUACCUGAUGCGUAUGACUUUAAUAUUUAUUGUGAGUGUAAAUUUCCACCUUUUGAAAGUGAAGGAAACAACUGGAUUUUAUUUUCAAAGAAAAGCUGGACAGUGAAGUGCACUAGUAUGGUGAAACAUUGUCCAUUUUACACUGAUGCUGUAUUGAGUUUGUGAAAUGUGUACUGCUAUUAUUUGCUGGCCAUUUUUGAAUUCUCUCUUGUUUACUAAGUAUUUAUUGUGAUUUGUUUAAACAAAAUACCAUUCAAGGUGAUAUCGUAAUAUAUAUGUGAUGUGUGUGAAUUGGCCUGUAUUGUAUCUUUAAACAAACUGUGGUGUAGAUUGAUGUGAUCUUUUUAUUUAUUCAGGGGUUGAAUUAUUGCAGCACUAGAGUAUAGGACUCCGGGUGCUCAUUCUAUACGAUUAUGCUAAUCUUGUAAAAUUCACAACAGGUAUUUUAAUAUCUUACUAAUUUAAAAUUCAAGUAAAGAAUGUUACAGAGGGGUGGUAUCCAUUUAAAAACUAAAUUGCUAAAUCAAUCUUAUUUCUGUAGCAUAACUCACCAUAUAUUUAUUGGAACUAUGUUAAAAAGUAAAAACAAUAUUAAUUCUGUACCUUUUGAAGUAGCUGCCCCCUUUCUAUUACAUAGUCUUUUAUUGAAAUAUAGUGGCAUGAUGUGGGCACUUUUGCUUUUUAAUAUUGCUCUGUUUGCAUUUGAGACACAGAGAAUAUCUGGAAAGAAAUCUAUAUAGCAGCAGCAGAACUUUCAUUUAAUCACUGACAAUUUUUGCUGCCAUAAUAUGUUUUUCCUUAACUACCCUGAAAGGGUAAUUUUUAUAUUUUAUUUCAACUCCAAUAUUACUUAAUCUGUACCUAUCAUAUAAACCUAACCUUAGUUCUGAUAGGUUGGUAACCAUGAAUAUGGAUAUUUCAGACAUUGACUUUAGUGUCUGAAUCAGUUGUGAAUAAAAACAAGACAGCUAAUCUUCAACUUUACACAUUGAAAACUUUGGUUUGUAUAAAUAUUUUACCGGUUUCAUUUAUGUUCAAAAUCUCAUUAAAAUUCAGUUUAUCUUGAUGCAAAUACAGACUCUGCUGUAAUGUGAAUUGCAGAAAUCUUAUUAAUUAGAACACCAGAAGUGUUUGAUGCUACAGAAAUAAAAAUAUCAAUUCACUCCCCCCUCUUACAUCUUAAAAGCUAAAUUUCAACUCUUGGAUAAUGGUGUUUUUGCCUAAGUAUUUUCAAUUUUGUAUUUGUACCUUGUUGAGACUUGUACUCUAAAUUAUGUAAUCUAUAAGUGUCAGCUGUUUCUCUUUCUUCUCAAGUAAAUUGUGAUACUAAUUGUGAUUGAUGUCAUUUUCUUAUACUAUAUUUCUGCCAACUACCUUGUUAAUAUUUUGUGUCUGGUAAAAUUUAUUGAUAGUUAAUGACUUUGUGUUGUCCUCACGAUUUUCCAAUACAUAACAAUGAUGUGUAAGGUGCAUUGCAAAAAAAUGUUGAAAUUUGCUCUCUUUUCUAGUAUGUGAAUCUGCUGGAAAAAUAAAUAUUUGACACAUUAGUGAAAGUAAUAUAUUUCUUCCUGAAUUGAAAUUGUCUUUUGCUUUAAAUACUUCAUAUGUAAAUUUAUAUUUCAAUAAAUGGUGUCAUCUGCAUUCAAA